UGUCAUGAUGUUUGUUGUCACCUCAGUCAUUGGCUCUUGCAGCGCUCCACCCCUGACAGAUAGCGUUGCAUUGCAGCAGGUGGUAAGUCCGAAACACGAGUUAAACCUAAUGACAGAGAGUCUCUGAAGCAACAGCACCUGAAGUUAUGGAGCUGGCAACAGAUGCAGAGAAACAGCAGCUGAUUGAGACUUAUUUGGAGCCUCUUACAUGGAUGAGUUCUCCAGAGGAAAGAUAUUCAGAUUCAGAGUCGAGUGACGAUGUGUCCAGUGUGGCUGGUGUGCGGCAGUCAGAGUGGCUCUGCCAGGAGAUGCAGGACAUAUCAGAGGCUGAAAGUGGUGUUAAACGUGUGGCCAGAAAGAAACUCCUCAUCGCCUGCGCUGUCAGCCUGGUUUUCAUGACUGGAGAGGUGAUUGGUGGAUAUGCUGCUCAUAGUUUGGCCAUCAUGACAGACGCAGCUCAUCUUCUGACGGACUUUGGCAGCAUUGUAAUCAGCAUUUUCUCUCUGUGGAUCUCAUCCAGGCCUCAAACACAAGCCAUGACGUUUGGAUGGCAUCGAGCAGAGAUUCUGGGCAUGUUUCUCUCAGUUGUGUCUAUCUGGGCUGUGACAGCAGUGCUGGUCUUCUCGGCCAUACAGAGGAUCACUGAUGGAGACUAUGACAUUGACGGGCAGAUCAUGCUCAUUACCUCUGGCUGUGCAGUGGGCGUCAACAUUUUGAUGGUCCUGAUUCUGCAUCAGUCUGGGGCCUCACAUGGCCACAGCCACGGGAUUCCCACCAGCUGGCGUCAGAAAGACAAACAACCUCACAUGAACAGCCACAGCAAUGCAAGCGUGAAGGCGGCCUUCGUGCACGUGUUGGGAGACCUGCUGCAGAGCAUCGGCGUCCUCCUGGCUGCUAUCAUCAUCCAUAUCUGGCCUGAAUAUAAAGUGGCCGACCCAAUUUGCACAUUCCUGUUCUCAGUUCUUGUUAUUGGGACAACAUUUCCCAUCACCAAGGAUGUCUUCAGGAUUCUGAUGGAAGGUGCUCCUCAGGGCGUUAGCUUUAGCGCUGUCAGAGAGUUGCUGCUGUGCCUUGGAGACGUUGCAGCUGUUAACAAUUUGCACAUGUGGAGCCUCAAUGUGAAUCGCUCUCUGCUGUCAGCCCACAUCGCCAUAGAUGAAGAGGCUGAUUCGCAAGAGAUCCUGCGGAAAGCAACGAAGCUGCUACGCUCUGAGUUUGGUUUUUCCAGCAUCACAAUCCAAGUGGAGCGCUGCAGGGUUUCGGCUAUAAGAUGACUCGUGCCUGUUUCUCCCAGAGGAGCCAACUUGCAGCUGGUUUUAAGGUCUACGCUGCUUUGGCUUGAUGACUGGACCAGAAUAAACUGGCUCACCUAGCAGGAUCCUGCUGGUAUGCAGCUCUUAUCUAUCAAACAUGACCCAAAGAUAGACGAGCAAUGAGCCAGCUACAGGACCAUAACCACCCAGAAACGGUUCAGAAAUGUUUGAGGAACAGGAGAGGAACUGAAAAGGCUAACUUGAAUUGUUCCU